AUGGCCACCGUCAUCGAAGAAUCGGCCGUUGCUCUCGAAAUCGUCGUAGGCCCAAACGCCACCGAGCCAGCUGAUGUCAACCCAAAAGCCAAGAAAACCAAAGCUCUCAAACAACCCAAAGCCAAAAAACCAGCUGCUCCCAAAAAACCCAAGUCCUCUCCGUCUCACCCUCCUUUUCUCGAGAUGGUAACAGAAGCGAUUGUGACACUGAAAGAGAAAAAUGGGUCGAGUCAGUAUGCGAUUCAGAAGUUCGUUGAAGAGAAGCACAAGCAAUUGCCACCCACUUUCAGGAAAAUGUUGCUCUAUCACCUGAAGAAGCAUGUUGCUUCGGGAAAUCUCGUGAAGGUUAAGAACUCCUACAAGUUACCAGCUAAGUCGAAGCCUGACUCCAAGCCAGCUCCCUCUGCCCCAGCCAAGAAAAAACCCACACCAAAACCCAAAGCUCCGCCAGCUCCCUCUGCCCCAGCCAAGAAAAAACCCACACCAAAACCCAAGGCUCCGGUGAAGAAAGCUCCAGCCAAGUCUAAAACCAAACCUCCACCUGCUUCCAAUGCUCCGGCGAAGUCAAAGCCGGCGGGAAAUCCUAAGCCGAAGGCAGCUGCGAAGCCAAAGGCAGCGGCGAAGCCGAAAGCGGUGGCUGCGCCCAAGGCUAAGCCGGCUCCGAAAGCUAAGGGUAAGGCGGUGAAGGUGGCGAAGACUGCGACGAGGACGACGCCAAGGAAGAAAGUAGUGGUGGCUCCGGCUAAGAAAGCGGCACCGGCAAAGAGGACUUCGACGAGGAAUGCUAAGAAGUGA